UUGUGCUUUUGGUGGUGCAGAGGGGGGUUGGUUGGUGAAGAAGAGAAUCCUAGUUUGAGCCCUUUGCAGGCGAAGAAGGUUGAAUACAUAGAACAACUGCUGAAUGACCCGACUUCCAAUGGCUCUGCAAGUGUUGAUGUAAAACAAGAAUUAAGCUCAAAAAGUGAUAAUUUUUUUGGGCUUGGAAAUUUGGGGUUUCAAGCUUCAAAACCUACUCCUUGGUCUCAAAUGAUUCCUGCAGAUUUAUCUCCGAAGUCAUGUGUUACGGCUAUGAGAAAUAACAUGUUGGAUUUUUCUAACAAUCCAGAUCUGAAGCAUCCACAGGCAGAUCGUUUGUCUGAUUGCAACAGCACAGCCACGGGUGGGGUAGCCAAGAAGGCCAGAAUUCAACCGUCUUCGGUCCAGUCCACAUUCAAGGUGAGAAAAGAGAAAUUGGGAGACAGAAUAACAGCCCUUCACCAGUUAGUUUCUCCAUUUGGCAAGACUGACACAGCCUCUGUGUUGUUAGAAGCAAUUGGAUACAUUAGAUUCCUUCAGAGCCAAAUUGAGGCCCUAAGCUUGCCGUACUUGGAUAGUAAAUCAGGAAACCUGAGGCAGCAGUACCAUUUUCAAGGAGAAAGGAAUUGUUUAUUUCCUGAAGACCCAGGGCAGCUGUUGAAUGAAAAUUGCAUAAAGAUGAAAGGAACAUCUGAGCAGGAUUGUCAUGAAGAGCCAAAGAAGGACUUGAGGAGUAGAGGGUUGUGCCUAGUUCCCUUAUCCUGCACUCUUAAUGUUGGGAGUGACUUUAAUGGAGCAGAUUAUUGGACUCCUUCUGCACUUGGAGGAAAUUUUCGAUAAAUAAUAAAUUAUGGUGCACACAAGUUUAUUUCAUAAAAAUGAUUAUAACAUCAUGAGCAGUCAGUCUUGAAAAGUCCAAGGCUGACUGCCCAUGAUGCUAUAUGCAUUUUGAUGAAAUUAGGUGUGCUAUAAUAUAUGGUAUAUAUGCAAAAUUAAAGUUGUUAAUUUAGUACUUGCGAGUUUAAUUAACUUAUCCAUAUAUUUGUUUUCCUAUGUUAGUUCAAAGUUUUCAUGAAUUCUGGUAUAUAUCAGGCUCCAGCACGUUAAAACAAUUCUAUGGCAGCAUUUACAUUACCCUUUUUA